GAGAUGGCCAUCCUGGAGAAGACACAAAGUGACUAAUACAACAAGAACAAGAUGACUAGCACAAUGUGUACCGAGUGCAGUCUCACUGCAGUAUGUACACAAGUUUUCGGUGUUACUUUGGGACACACUAGCAGACGACUUUUAUUUUGUCGAGUUCGGCUCGCGUUAUUUUUCAAAUUCUUAUUAAAAAUAAGCAGUCUUUACAAUAAGUAACUGUGUUUUUUUUCGGCUCCCUGCCUUCCUGGAUGUAGCUGUUUAUGUAUUUAUACUUGAGCUGAUUUUCCCCUUUUUUACGUGUUGUUGUGGGUAAGGACUUUUACGCUGACGGGAGGUGAGGUUUGAUGCUCCGCUCUGCUUAGUCAUGGUGAACUCAGUAUUUCCUUCGCUAUAGAUAUCACUACUAUGGAGGAGGCAAUGCAGUGCAGAUUAAUACCCGUUUUGGGUCUCGCCACAGGUGAACUGCAUUGUACAUUCCCAAAAGGGUCUACAAAGGGCCUAAUGCCUUAGUACUUCAUCAAGCUGUGCUUAAAAACAAAUGGAAUUCUAUUAAGCCUUCAUUUUUUGGACUGAAGCGAUGUCUGAGAAGCAGCCUUAGUUAUGUAUGCAACAGAGUGCAAGGCCGAGGUAACGCCUUCGGAAGAUUGCAAUCGCUAUUUCCACUACACCUUGGAGAACCAUACCAAGCAGGCUUUUGAGAUCAUGAAUGAACUGCGCCUGAACCAGCAACUCUGUGAUGUCACCCUGAAAGUGAAGUACAAUGAAAUGGAAGCGGAGUUCAUGGCCCACAAGAUUGUCUUGGCAUCCAGCAGUCCGGUGUUUAAGGCCAUGUUCACCAAUGGGCUAAAGGAGUGUGGCAUGGAGGUGGUACCCAUAGAGGGAAUCCACCCCAAGGUAAUGGAAAGGCUGAUCGAAUUUGCAUAUACAGCAACAAUCUCUGUUGGAGAGAAGUGUGUGAUUCAUGUCAUAAAUGGGGCUGUAAUGUACCAGAUUGACAGUGUGGUGAAGGCAUGCUGUGAUUUCCUGGUCACACAGUUAGACCCUAGCAAUGCUAUUGGCAUUGCCAACUUUGCAGAACAGAUAGGAUGUGCAGAGUUACAUCAGAAAGCCAGAGAAUACAUCUACAUGCAUUUUGGGGAGGUGGCAAAACAGGAGGAGUUCUUCAACUUGACUCACUGCCAGCUGGUGACAUUAGUUAGCAGAGAUGAAUUGAAUGUCCGUUGCGAAUCUGAAGUCUUCCAUGCUUGCAUAAACUGGGUUCGCUACGACUGUGAGAACAGACGGCCAUAUGUCCAGGCCCUUAUGCGGGCUGUUCGAUGUCAUUUCCUUACGCCUCAUUUCCUACAAAUGCAGAUGCAGAAGUGUGAAAUACUGAAACUGGACUCCAAAUGCAAAGACUACCUCGCCAAAAUAUUUCAAGAGUUAACCCUUCAUAAACCCACCAAGGUGGUACCAUGUCGAGCUUCAAAGGUACCACAGUUGAUAUACACUGCCGGUGGGUACAACAGACAUUCACUUUGUUACUUAGAAGCAUUCAAUCCAUAUGAUAGGUCUUGGAUAAGGUUAGCAGACCUGGAAGUUCCACGCAGUGGGCUGGCAGGGUGUGUAGUUGGUGGAUUGUUUUAUGCAGUAGGUGGACGAAACAACAACCCUGAUGGAAAUACAGACUCCAGUGCACUUGACUGUUAUAACCCCAUGAACAAUCAGUGGUCACCCUGUGCCUCCAUGAGUGUGCCAAGAAAUCGUAUUGGAGUUGGUGUCAUAGAUCGGAUGAUUUAUGCUGUUGGAGGUUCUCAUGGAUGUAUUCAUCACAACAGCGUAGAAAGGGUGUGUGUGCCAUAAAUACCCACAUUUUUGCUAUGGGAGGAUAUGAUGGGACAGAACAGUUAACGAGUGUAGAGCAGUAUGAUGUUGAAACAGAUCAGUGGACUUUUGUGUCCCCAAUGCUUCACCGGCGCAGUGCUCUUGGAGUUACAGUUUAUCAAGGAAUGAUAUAUGUUCUUGGUGGAUAUGAUGGAAACACUUUUCUUGAUAGUGUGGAGCAGUAUGAACCGGCCACAGAUACUUGGGUUGAAGUAACUCAAAUGACAUCGGGACGGAGUGGUGUUGGAGUUGCUGUUACUAUGGAGCCAUGUCGAAAUGAAUUGGAAAACCAGAAGUGUUGUACAUGACUUUUGUGAAGAAAGUCUCCUUGUUCUAGUCUGAUCAUACCACAGAGAAAGAUUUGGAAAGCAGGAAAGAGGAUCCCCAGAGAACAUAAAAUAAGAGGCUGAGAUGGCUUUGUCUGAAAUCUUUAUUUAUUUAAAAGUGUUAAGUAACUACCACAGUGUCUUUGCUGCUGUGCAGCUUUUCUAACAAAGUUACUGACUCUUCUUGUAGCUCCAGUUCUAACAUUGGUAGCAGAAAGCAUUUUAAGUAAUUUUCCCCCAGGGAGUCAUCUUGUGAAAAUUUUGUAUUUAAUUGGACCGACAACUACUUUUAUAGCAAAACUGUAGCACGAGACUAAUUUCUUCAUAUCGAUUGGAAUUGAACUGUUCUGGUUGUACAGUUUAAAGAUUAACAGUUUGGCAAUACAAGUUCUAUGACUACCUCCUAAAUGAAUGUAUAUUUUAUUUGUACUGCUAUUCAUUUGCCGUCAAGCAUUUACAGAAUAUCUUGGAAUCUUUAUUCUAAGUUAAUAGCACCUGAAGGUCAAGAUGUUUGCAGGAGACAAGCAGUUGGGAAGUGGGUGGCGAAAAUAGUUAAAAACUUUUAAUCCCCAAAAUGCAUUUCAGAUGCUCGUUUUUGUUAAGUUAUUGCAGCAGUUAUAAAUUGAUCUGCACGUGUUUUAUGUGCAAAAAAAAAAUUUCCAUGGAGCAGGGUAUGUGGCUUCAUACAUCUUUCAUUGUUUUAAAAGUUGUUUUUCCUGGCGGAGUUAAUAAGUGCCACAUUUGUAUUAAAAGUAGUAACUUUGAUCAGUUUCAGAAUGAGUGGAUGAUAAAAAUGCACUUUGUGGCUUUAAUCUUUCAUGUCAGAUGCCUGCUGGAAAAGUAUUUGGAUACACAGGAGAAUUUAGAAGCGGAGGAGUUUGUGAUAGUUAAAGAAAACACAAGGAAAGGACAUGUGGCCAUUUUCAGUGUGUGCCAUUCCGAACUUUUCAGUUAUAUUCAUCUGUUUGUACAUUGGCAUUUUGCACCCUUUAAAAUCUUACAUUUGUGAAGAUC